AUUACGACCGUGUCAGUGUCAGUACCAUUAGUCGAGUAAAAUAGUUUCAAUGAAAACACCACAUUAACAUGGAAGCUGGGUUCUUAAAAUGUGUCUGUUUUAUAGUUACUAGUUAUAUGACUUUAAUUUCAAAACCUAUUGUUGGCGAUUGUUUUAAAAUGACAGAAAGAAACGAAUUGAGAAAUAAACAUAUCAAAGGAAAUCUAGUUAAAUCUGUGACGACGGAGACUAGUAUUGAGUGCUUUAGACAAUGUAAUAAACUAAUUAGAUGUUCAUCAAUAUCUUACAACCCACAAAAUAAGAUCUGUUAUAUGUACUCGAGGUUAAAUACAUAUUCAGAUGGAACCAUAGAAGAUGGAAGGAUGUACUAUUUGAAAGAUGUUAAAAACUGUCCCACAGAAGAAGGAUAUACAUAUAAAUCGAGUCUCAUGCUGUGCAUUAAGUUUUAUGAUGUUGAAGUAACGUACCAGAAUGCUGUUUCUACAUGUCAUUCAGAAAAUUCAUCCCUGGUGAGAAUAGAUAGUCCGGAAGUUCAAAAAAUUGUGUAUUCAUAUUUAACAUAUGAUGAAAAGUUUACCAACAGUAAAGCCUAUAUACAAGGCAACAGAAAACAGAACACACCAGAAUGGGAAUUCGCUGAUGGAACCCUUAUAUCAUACAUGCCAUGGAAUCUGAACCAAAAACAACCAGAAGCGUAUGAUCAAAUAUUCUUAUGUUUCAAUGUUGUAGACCAGGGCAUGUGGCAUGACUGCAUUGGUACACAAUUAUUUAGAUUUGUUUGUGAAAGAUAUUUGUUUUAGUUUGAAUAUAAUAAAGAUACACUGUAUCUUGUAACUAGUGUUUAAGUGUAUUCCGCAAAAUGUUAUACACUUGAGGAAAAUUAAUAUUUAAUAACCGAUGUUUGUGCUGAAAAAAUAUAUAGAUUAUAACAUGGCAUUUUUCAUAUCAGACCCAGGUCAUGAUAGCCUGAGAGCCGACAAGCUAGAGGUAUGAGUUUGACCAUGGGCUGAUAAGAAGUCUGAAAAAAAAUAUAAGGAAUUAGAAAAAUAUAUUAUCAAAAAAUACAAAUCAAAUAACAAAAGCUAUGUUCUUUUGAUCAUUUACUU